GCCAAUGACACCAACUAUCACUACUGGAUUCUCUGCGAUUAACACUUCUCGGCCACUGCUAGAUCCAUCCUGACCGCUCUACUCGGCCCUCAUGAGACGAGAUUCGCAGCGGUAGCAUUCGGCAGGCGGGUCCAUGGACGAAUGAGCCUGCCUCGAAUCGGGAAUGGAAAAUGGAAAGCCCGUGGUAAAUGGCGGCGGCAAGGGCGAGCGCGGCGAGCGCGGUGAGCGUGGAGACCGCCGGACAACAGUCUCGGGCGCGAUACCCGUCGUCAAAGGGAAGAAAGAUGGCCGACCCACGCCAAUCGAAGUCAUGCGUUUCCCAUGGAGCUCCCCAUCUGCCCCCUCGUCUCCCACGGCUGUCGCUCCUCCUGCUGGUGGUCCGGUGAGAAGCUCGGGACACCGAAAAUCCAUAUCCACGAAUCUCUUCUCACGGCUGAAUUUCUUGCGAAGCGGGUCGGAAGAGGGUGCGGUCGCGCAGACACCAGGCGGGAAGAGCAAGGAUCCCGCGAGUCCGACUAAGAGCGUGUUCAGUCGCAAGUCGGUCGAAGAUGAUGACUCGCCCUUCUCGCCGGAACACGAUGAUGAGCCAAGCGCGGCGUUGCAGCACAGCAAGGCCCGCAAGCGCAAAGGCUCAUUGCGGAAGACGGCGCUGCUGGGAGGGAAGCGGAAUAUCACAGAGGGACGGGAGAGGAAAGGCAGCUUGAGUUUGCUGAGUCGACCGUCGAUCUUGAGGACGGGCCAGCACAAGCAGACUCAUGAAGUCGACGAGGAGGUGAAAAGCGGCGAAUCAGGCGCACAGCAGGAUACCAAAUUUCCCCCUCAAGAAAAGAAGAAGGCGUCUGACCCGCUUCCGCUGAGCACCAGACGAGGUUUCACCUACGACAAUCCAAUCGCUGCUAGUAGUAGUGAGAGCGGCUGGACCGAAGCUCCCGCUGUCUCUGCCACUCGGCUAUCCCUUCUGACAGAGCAGCAAUACCUGGCGCCCCCAGUGACCACGCCUCAAAGCAAAGUGAGCGAGCUAGGCAGUCCCGUGGAUGUAAAGUCGCCCACAAGUCAAACCAGCUACACCUCCACCACGGAUGACGACGACCUCCUGACCUUCUCCCGACCAGCUAAGAGCUAUCCGGUCCCGAGCAGCGGAAGUCCCAGCAUCACCGCCGCAUCUCUGUCUUCUCCAGCGUCCUCAUACUUCCCGGUGGAACCCCAUUCGAUCACCGCCACCAGACAUCGCAGUCGCGGGAGUAAACGCUCCUCCCCGCUCUCCCGCAACAUCCCCGUCACGGCUUACUCCGCCUCCGCCGUGGACCAAGAGCCUCACGACUACACUGAGACCGUGUACUGGGGCUGGGUUAUCCUCUUUGUCACUUGGCUCACCUUCACCGUGGGCAUGGGAAGCUGUCUUGGGGUGUGGAGUUGGGCAUGGGAUGUGGGCGAGACGCCGUCGGCGCCACCGGAGUUGUCAGAUGAUCGCACAUUACCCUUUGUUGGGUACUAUCCCGCGCUCAUCGUGCUGACAGGCGUUGUGGCGUGGGUGUGGAUUACUGUCGCCUGGGUUGGGAUGAAGUAUUUCCGCCACGCCAAGAUUGAGGUGUGAGGGGUUUUUCGAGUUGCUCUGAUACCCAUUGAUACAACGUUAGCGAAGGCGUCUGGACUUGGAUCGACUGUAGCUAUCCUACCUAAUCAACAUAAUGCUC